AUGAGACCACCACGUGGCGGAGGGAGCUUCAGGGGAAGAGGAGGAAGAGAUAGCGGCGGAGGUGGACGUUUUGGAGGUGGGCGAUUUGGUGGCGGCGGACGCGGAGGAGGUGGCCGCUUUGGUGGUGGUGGUGGUUACCGUGACGAAGGACCUCCCAGCGAAGUCGUAGAAGUUGCAACCUUUCUUCAUGCUAGUGAGGGAGAUGCUGUCACUAAGCUCUCGCAAGAGAAGAUCCCAUAUUUCAAUGCCCCAAUCUACCUGCAAAACAAGACGCAGAUUGGAAAAGUAGAUGAGAUCUUUGGUGCCAUCAAUGAAUCUCUCUUCUCUAUCAAAAUGAUGGAAGGAAUUGUAGCUACCUCGUAUAACGAAGGCGAUAAGUUCUUCAUCGACCCUGCAAAGCUUUUGCCUCUUACAAGAUUCCUUCCUCAACCAAAGGGACAGUCCAUGGGAGGCCGCGGUGGAGGUCGUGGAGGAGGCCGCGGUGGACCUCGUGGAGGAGGUCGUGGAGGAUCUUUCAGAGGUAGAGGCGCUCCAAGAGGCGGUGGCAGAGGAUUUCCAUCAAGAGGUGGUGGUCGUGGAGGAAGCUUUAGAGGCCGAGGGAGAGGAUAG